AUUUGUAAAACAUUCGUCACGCAGCAAAAAAAAAAAGGAAACAAAGGGAAUAAAUUCGAUCGAAGAUCCUGAUCGUCGAGGAGGAGAGUAGAGCAAGGUGGCGGGAGCCGCAUAUUGCGCUAUUAUCGCGAGCAUUCUGGGCAUAGGAAUCGAUCACGGAUAUCUACGGCCGCCGAUGCAUAGUCGCGUAAAUCGCAUUCCGUCCACGCGUUUGCGUGCAACUCGGCGUGGCCCGCUCCUCACUCCCCAACUCGCGGCUAUAUGCGCCCACCGCUCUGCGGCUCGCGCCAUUAUUAUUAUUAUUAAGCGGCGCAAACUGCGAUCAUCCUCCCCCCACCCUGCCUCCCCUCCCACUCUCCGACUGACUCGCAUCAUCCGUUAAACGCGAUGAUCGUUAAACGCCGCGACGACUCCCCCCCCUCCACCUCCUCGAUCGAUACGAAGGAUAUUCUUUUUGACUUUUGUCAAUUCGAUGAGAGAACGAUGCGUGACAACGAUACGAGGAAUAUAAUAUCGAAUUUGUGUUAUUUUCGAAACGAGUCAAAGUUCAGAUUGUUUAAUUUGCACGAAUCGUGUGACACGAAAUUGCCGAUAUUUGAUAUAUAUAUGUAUGUAUGUAUAUCGAAAACGGAUAUACGCGAUAUAACGCGCCGCGUAGCGCGUUUUAUUUAUCCAUUCGUUUAAUUUUCUUCGGCCCCCCCCGUUAUUAUUGCUGAAUAAAUCGAAUGGCUAAUUAAAUGUUUGAAUAAUAUAAUCGAGCCACACGAUGUUGAAUAUAACGAGCGCUAUUAAAAUCGAUAUUAACAGUAUGCUCGAUACGAUGGGAAUCGGUUAUUGUAUUGUUACACGGGAUGGGCGAAACGCGAUUCCAAUUAACGAUCCCGUUUCUCAAAAAUCCCUGUUAAAUCUCUUCGAUCGAUAAAUCGUUCACAAAUGAUACGAAUAAUCGAGAAAAUCUGAUUAAUUUUUGUCGAAGGAAUGUGUUAUUCGAAGCUAAUUUUCCCUUGGGGACUAAUCUCCGCUAUCUCCGCUUUAUACGCGGACGAGACACGAUGGACGGGCGGGCCGUGUGCAAAGCUGGAAUACGCAGCGCACGCCGGCUAUCGGCCGCAUCCCGGCCGGAAGAUCCUUGCCAGCCAGCACGUAGCGGCCAUUAGACGAGAUCGGGAGACACGGUGAAUGCUCGACGAGCUGUAAACGUUUAGCAGAAUGGUCAGUCGACCAAUAUUAUCUUGAAUCAUCCUUAACGAGCUGCGAGCAUCCUCCCGAUAAUGGUAUCGCUCCCUUUCGAUCUGUGUACCACGCGCCAUACUCCCUUCUCUUCGAUCUCGAUCGAGUAUUCGGCCACGACGAGUAUUCGUACACGACACAUACGUCACUGUUUCGAAACCGAUAGCCAAUCUACUCUUGCCUCUCCUUCCAUCCGAAAUCAAAAUCGAUCCAAACUUUGAAUUACCAUUCUCUCUCUAUCUCUCUCUUUCGAAAAGAAAACGAUCGUUACAGAGGAACACGUUGUGGAUCAUCGAUUGCACACUCCCUCUCUCUCUCUCUCUCUCUCCCUUAAUUUAAUUUACGUCUUCCAUCUCGAAUAUCUCGUCGAACAUCGAUUACCGUCGUGGCUGAUUAAUUUGGUCGACGAGCGCUUAGAGGGACGGUUACCACGCAAACAAGCGCGUCGCGAUACCGCGUUGGGAAUAGGGUGCGAUCACGCGUUGGCCAAAACACGUCCGCGUUUUCACCGUCCUCGUACCUCAGAUUUGGUUACGUAAUUCGAAAACGUCCCGCUCUCCUCGCUCCCCCUAUCGCGCCGCUCCACGUUAUAAUACGAAUGCAAAUGCAUUUUCCAGGAUACGAACGAACGAACGAACGAACGAUUCGAAAUAUUCGAAGGUUAAACCGUGCAGCGUUGGGUGAAUUUUGGAAAAAUUUCCGCGAUUCGAUUUUUCCAGGCCCAGAUCAAAUUUUUCCCAAACUUCGUAUCGGGAUUUUUCCUUUUUUCGCGCGAAAAUACAUCAAAACACGUCAAUGAUAACAUCACUUUUCCCGUAAAAUAUUGGAUUUUUUUUUUAAACUCUCUUGAACUCGUAAUAUUUUUUUACGUCGCACGCGAGAGUAAAGAAGAAAACGUGCAACGUUAAUGUAUCGGCCGAGCAGAGACUUUUGUAGAGCUCGCUGCAAGCUUGCUAUAGAGAGUAAAUAGAGAAGAUAGAGAAAAGGAAGAUGGAGGUAGGAUAUGGAAAGCUUAACAACGUGAUCACGGUUCAAGCAUUCCCACAGGAUCGUCACAUCGACUAGUCUACGUUUCUUCCUCUACCUUUCCCUCUACCGCUCCCCCUAUUCGUAGUCACAAAAUAGACACACACGGGUCUGCGCGCGUCUAUGGACUUUCUCGGUCCUCGGUUCAUAAGUCUCGCUUGCUUUAAACUCUAUGUGCGGGAGACAGGAAGGUACAGACGGGUACGCGUACGCGGUUAAACAAAGGAGUAACCGAGCUAUCUAACGAUCGAGCGAGCAGAGUUUACGCGACACACCGUGAAAUUGUUGAGAGAUACGGAACGAGACGCGGAAAUUAUUCGAGUUAAUCACGAUUGCAUCCGGGCCAACACCACUCGUUAAUUUCCAAUCCCCUCGAAUGCCGCGUUAAACUUCUUUUAAGCCUACCUGUUGCGUCUUCCAUUCGACCAUCCUUUCCCCGGAAUCUGCUAGUUCCGUUGGUAAACAUAUUCGAUGGCAAUUACUAUCCCCCGUCUCUCGCGUACCACUUGCUCGAAAACCGAUCCUCCCGAGACCGAAGCGAGGGAAGCGUAACACCGAUAAGUGGAAUUCGUUUGUAUAAUACGAAUAAUAAGGGUGGAGGGAAAACACGGGUAACUACUAUAAAUCUGAGACCCUCCCCCCCUCCCUUUCUUUGAGACCGGGUACACAGCACAGGAUUUACCGCCAAGUUUAGCGCGCAACGAACCACGCCAGGUUUAAAGAAUCACCAACCACUCUAACUCCAACCCCACCUUUCCUUCUCCCGUAACACCUAGUUAUCCUCGGGAUUUACUCCCUCACGGACGAGGGAUAUACACGCGGUCGCAAACACCGGCUAUACACAGAGGUAUAUACGUACAUACGUAGUAUGGUCACGGUGAUUUGGUAGCUUACGCCGUGCUGAAUCCUACGAUACACACAACGUGCAUGCUAGCUAAGUACUGUUCGCUGGUGGAAAGAAGUCUCGCGAAACGGCAACAGGGGUCCCUCGCUAGGACCGCCCAUCCCCACUUUAGACCCUUUAUUGACAAACCACUUGACAACGCUGCAUAACAGUAAGAGAUACAGUUUGAAUAUUCAAAAUCAUAAAAAUUAGUUUUUCUUCGUGAAGUUACGUUAGAAUAGUCAUCUAAGACUGGAAGGACUGAAAUAUUUUCGAAACUAUCAAACUAUUGUUGCAAAUUGUAAUUAGCCUACGCUAAUUAUGAGAAAUAAAAAAAAUUUUAUAUUGUAGAAUACUUUGGAUCAGUAUACGUGACAAAUAUCACUGUUUUCUUUUCAUCAGUUUCUUGGCUAUUUUCUUUUUUUACGGACGAGAAAUGGAAGGACAUGGACAUCGAAUCCCUUCACUCCGCUCGGUUUCCAGUUUGUUGACAGUUUUGCAUCCCGCAAUCCGUCGGGAGUUAAUUCGAUUCCGUUGGUUUCGGAAAGUUAAUGCGGUCGAAAAUACCCGUCGCAUCGAUUGCGUUUACAGAGACGAGAAACUCGUCUAAUUCUUGAAUUUAUCGCCAACAUACGUUGUACAUAUAUAUCUGGUUUGCGUGCGAUUUUCCAACGAGAUUAAAUAUCUCGUUCUACCAAUUUCAUCGAUCUCUCGUAAUCGCCAUGUCCGAUCGUUUCAUUACAGGAUAUCGCUCGAUUUCGGAUCGAUGGAUACGUCUAGCGAUUCUUUCGCGUCACGGAAUUCCACGGUAAAUACAGGGAUCCGGUUCACUUCUCUCUCUCUCUCUCUCUCUUUCUCUCAGAGAUCUCAGAGAGUGUAAUUCGGUUCGUCUUUUAUUAACGGCGAAUUAAAAUGUUAUUUUCCCCACGGGGCGACGAGUAAAUUGCUACGUAACGAGAUAGGCGGAAACUUGAAAUUUUAUAGUGUAACAAGAUAGAAGGUAGCGAGUGGCACGAAUAACGUUGCACGAAACACGUGAAGCGGAUAGAACGACAUGGAUCGUACGAGGAACGCGUAAAGAGGAACGUGUAACAUUAAAAACAUUAUUCGAAAUUUAUUCUCUAUUGAAACAAACGCGUGAAGAUUUUUUCACUGCUUUCCUUGGUUUCUGUUUCGAUAAGAAUUGAUCGAUGUUGUUCGAUUUAUGGAUCCGAAACCGUCCACCAUCAACGACACACGGCGCUUUCAAGCAUAGUUCGAGUACUAAUCCGAGUGACCAAGAUGGCUCAACUUUCGCAGUAAGAAGGGAAUCGAUGGUCCCCACAGAUGGCGUUGACCCGUCAGAUGACGUUCGAGACGUCGACUCGGAAACAGAGGAAUCGUCGGUGGCACGAGGCGAGACGAAGAUCGGAGCUACGACUAGAUUCGUCGAGUUGUUGGCAACUAUAGGCUCGUUCCUGCUGGUGCUCGUUACGUUGCCCUUCUCGCUCUGCUUCACCUUCAAAGUCGUGCAAGAGUACGAGAGGGCCGUCGUGUUCAGAAUGGGACGGCUGAAAGGCGCCGCUUAUGGACCAGGCACGUUUUUCGUGAUGCCAUGCGUGGACAACUGCGUGCGCGUCGAUCUGAGGACGGUCUCGUUCGACGUGCCUCCGCAAGAAGUUCUCACCAAGGAUUCCGUGACGGUGAGCGUGGACGCGGUCGUCUAUUAUCGCAUAAAGGAGCCGUUGAACGCCGUAAUCAAGAUAGCCAAUUACAGCCACUCGACUCGGCUACUGGCUGCCAGCACGUUGCGAACGGUGCUUGGGACGAGAAACUUGGCCGAAAUUCUCUCGGAACGUGAAACCAUUUCCCACACCAUGCAAACCUCACUCGACGAAGCCACGGAGCCCUGGGGUGUCAAGGUCGAACGCGUUGAAAUAAAGGACGUUCGGCUUCCGGUGCAGCUGCAACGAGCCAUGGCCACGGAGGCAGAAGCCGCAAGGGAGGCUCGGGCCAAAGUGAUCGCGGCGGAAGGGGAGAUGCUGGCUUCCCGUGCCCUGAAAGAGGCCAGUGAUGUCAUUUCCACUAGUCCAGCCGCUCUUCAGCUAAGGUAUCUGCAAACGUUGAGCAACAUAUCCGCGGAGAAGAACUCGACCAUCAUCUUUCCGUUGCCGGUCGAAUUCUUGACACCGUUCUUCAACCGUAGCUCGUCGAGCCAGAUCGAGGGCCAGGGGAAUGGAACGGAAUCAGGGGAGCAGGGAUGCGCGGGCCGGCUUACGACUCGGCCUCACGUUCACUCGAACGGAAACGUGGCGACUAAGUGAAGAUAGGUACGUACGUUUUCGAGUUUGAUCGUCUCUAGGCCGGAAUUCUCGCGCGAUCUUUGAUACACGUUCGACUGGAAACCUGUUUGUACACGUUUGCUCAAAGCGUCUCUCGACGAGCAGACGUCGUUCCUGAUCAACGAGUCGCUCUUCUAAAUAAACCGAUGUAAUUCCCAGGGAUUUACAAGGGUUUCGAUCUAUCGAAAAUUCAUCCGACUGGAUCGUCGCGAAGCACGAGUAUAUAAUAUCACUGGGAAAGUAAUUUUGCUUCUUCACACGGGCGGCGCUACUCGAACGUUUAUCCACAGCCAACUUCGUUCUAAACCGUGUUGUUACGGUAUAUUUCGAGAAUUGGCGUUUCAUGGUUUAAUUGUAAGAAAAAUUCGUUUGAUUUUGUCGUGCGGUUGUGUUCUUCGUGAGUGAUAAUGAAGAUACGAGACCAAAGAGAGCAUUCGGUUCGAUUAUAUUCGAUUACAUCGAUCAUAUUUUACGUUUUCCAUUAGUGAAAAGGUUAGGAAUACCGUUCGGGCAAAAAGAAAGUUACGCGAAGUGUAUGGAGAAAGUGUGAAAACUGAUUUUCAAUAAUUUCGACGUUAAAGAUGCGCCAUGUUCUGAAUUCGCAUCGUUCGAAGCAAACCGACGAAUAACAAGAAAUUGCCACGAGAUCGAACUCGUUCUCGAUCGCAUGAAACGAACUUGUGUUUCGUUAUCUUGAAAAAGAGAAACGAAAUUACUUUCCAAUAAAUAAGAAGUGAUUCGAAUCGAAAGGCCAGAAGGAUGAAACGAGUCAUCGGUUGAGGAGUUAGUUCCCCGUCGUCACGUUCCAGGCGUUGGAGCGUAGCGUGAGAGCACGUGCUCGCCACCUCUCCUUCCCCCUCCCCCUUUCCCUGUCGUCGUCGUCGUCGCUCGUUUCCUCGCUUCGAGGAAACACGGGCUAAAGCGGUGCCGCGUACAUAGCUGCCGCGUCUACCUCCUCUUUAUGAAACGAUGUAAAACGGAAAUUGCGCAAGCCCCCGCAUUGAAAUUUACGUAUCGAAUGAUAACGAACUUCCUCGAACAGCCGCGUGGACCUCGAGCGCGUUUCCAAAGUGGAACACGGGCCGAGAGAGAGAUAGAGAUAGAGAGAGAGAGAGAGAGAGAGAGUCGGUCUAAUGGAAAUGAAAUAGGCUUCUCCUCCGUGCGCCAGCUUUGGACCGGCUGCGCGAGACCUGUAGAGGAGACCACUUAAAUUCUGUCUGGUCGCGAUAAAAAUAAUUAAAUUCGUGUCAAAAACAGGGGCGCUCGCGGUGGGUGGAGCGUAAACGGUUGUUGUUGUGGCGGAGCAUCGCGCAAACGAGAAACGAAAACGAACGGAAAGUAUAAAUUUCAAUUUUAUUACUUCGCGUACGGACGCGUUUCCUUCCUUCUUCCAUCCGCUCUUUUAUUAUUUUCCCUUUUUUCUUUUUUUUUUUUUAAAAUUCGCGAACGGAAAAAAAGGAAUGGAAACGGAAAGGAAAGAAAACAAACCGGGAAUAAUAAUAUCCUGGCCGGGGUAAUGUAUGCAGAACAGUUUUUUUUAUAAACAAGGGGAAGAGAAGGUUUAAAGGGGACUAUUAUUUACGCGGGAAAAUUCCUCCGGUGAAUUAUGACGCUUGUUAACCGUGCCACGACACGACGCGAGCGCCCCUCGCCCAGGAUUAAAAAGCCUUCCUCUCCCCCUCCCCUCUUCUCUCCUUCCCCCUCCCUCCUUCGUUGCACACAGCCGCGUGUGCACGAACUGCGUUAAAAAAAAAAAUAAUUCAUCGGAUAAACGGAUCGAGAGAUAAUCGAGAUAGUUUUUUAAGGAACUCGAGGGUAGGAGAGGGGGGGGAGAAGAGGAGGGAGCGGCAUAAUCGCUGGAAGGAGAUUAAUCGUGGCGCGUGGUAAUUGCCUAAAGCGAACUAUUUUGUAGCGAGUAGUGACGAGUUGCGGCUCGUAUUUGGAUCGGACUAAUAUUGAAGAUCGUAAUUAAUAAACAGUGGCGCGGGAUAUUAAUUCCUUUGCAUCUCAAAUAUUUGUCGGUGAAAUUAAUUCAUACUGCGCCGAAAUGUCAUACCGGACACGCGUAAUCCGACCAAAGAGAUAACGAUCGGGACACGCGUUGCCAAUUAAGCUUAUAACCGAAGCGACGUUCCAACCUCGUUCCAAUUUCAUCCUUCGACGAUUUUACGUACCGAUCCUUUCAUCCUUUCAAGGAGAUUUCAUUUUCGUCGAGAGAGAUGAAAAAUUUCUUAAUGGCCAAUAAUGGAGAGAGCUGGAAAUCGACGGUUAAUUAAUUCGAACGAAAAUAACAUUGUUUUUUCAAAGUGCGUGUGGAAACGAACCGCGAAAUAUAAAGCGAAAAUUUCAAUUAUUCGAAAUUCGGAUUCGUUACGAAUCGAGGAUCGCAUCGAUUGUGUAUAAGAUACGUGCGAGGAAUUUUUACUUAAAAGGUUAACGCAAAAAAACGGGGCAAUACCUUUAUGUUAUCUAAACUGAUUUUGAAUAUGUGGCAUAGACGUGAUGCUAUUAUAAAAGAAAGACCAGUCCUAUUGCUAUAGGACUGUAUAAUCGUGUAUAUUAAGUUAUUCGUAAAGUAAUUUUACUUUUUCACACGAGAGUCGCUAGUCGAACGUUAUCCACAGCCAACUUCGUUCCAAACCGUGUUAUUAUAUAUUUUAAGAGUUGGUAUUUCACGAUUUAUUUAUGAAAAAAAAUUCGUUUGAUUCUAUGCAUUGAUUUUUAUAUUGAUUUUGUGUCAUGUGCGAUAACAAAGAUAUGAGACCAAACGUGAAUAUUUUCGGCGUAUUUUACUUUUUAUUACCGAAAAGGUUAGGAAUGCCGUUCAGUCAAGAAAAAAGUUACGCGAAGUGUACAGAGAAAGUGUAUCAACGGUACGCCAGUGUCAAAAUUGAUUUUCGAAAUUUCGUUUCGACGAUUUCAACGUUCUGGAAGAUUGAUCGAAGCCAAUGAAGACAAAAUAAAGGCACCAAUCGAAACAAACCGAUGAAUAACAAUUCGAGAAAUUGCUACGAGAUUGAAUUCGUCGAAUUCGACUAUUCGUGAUCGCAUGAACAAUCCAAUGUUAUGAGCUUCGAACGAACGACAUGAUGGUUUACUUUAACUGUUUGAUCGACGACUGUAAUGAUGCGAAUUGUAUCGUUGCUGAUUUUAUUUAAUCUGUAUUCUAUUUCUGUUCUAACUGAUCUGAUCUAGAAAAUUAUUGCAGGUUUUGAUUUUUCCUCCAAUCCUUAUUUAAAAUGCAAACUGAAAGGAAUAAUAGAAUUGGAAGACGUUGCAAGUGUGAAGUGGCCAUUGUUGCUAUAUCUUUGUUUGGAAAUUUACGAUCUGGAAAAAUUUUGUAUGAAUUUUGAAAUGAUUUAAUUAUUACCGUAGAAUAUUCGAUAUAAAUAUUAAGAACAAGAAACGAUAAAAUGGCAACUUGAUACGUAUUACACGUAUUAUGCAUUUUGAUGAUGUAAUUUGGAACGAAUCUUUUCAAGUAAGAACGAUAUAACGAUAUCAUAUAUUUAUUUUAAAUGUUUCUAAUUUUUAUAGGAAUUUUAUAAGAUGAUCCAUAAACAUCCGUGCAGUGAAUAGAAAUUAUGCGCAUCGAAUAUUUGACAAAAAUAUUUCCACGGAUACUUGUAACAAUUCUAACUAUAAAUUAAGAGAUUAUGGAUACAGAUUUUCUGAAACCAGCAGCUUGUUAUGGGACAAAAUGUUAUAUUUUUGAAGGGAGUAAAUUGUUGCGUAAAUUUUUUUUCAUUAUAUAUAUAAAACAAAAAGUUGUACAAAAUUUUUGUAUA